UGUAAAAAUGUGUUUUAAGAAGUGAUCUAAAAGAGAUCAGUCACUCUCUAAUUGUACUCUUCGGACUCAUAAUGUCCUUUUAUUUAUUAUAAUAAAGACAUCUUACAUUUACAAGGGAAUGUACUUCAUUGGUUAAGCUGCGUUUGAGUUAUGUUUAGUUGGUGCUAGAGAGGCUGUGUGAAUCCGGUCCAAACCAUUCUGCCACUACAAGACAAUGUACAAAAUGCCAUAUUGAAAACAUCUGUAAAGCUUGCACUCUUCACAAUAGUUAAAACAAAAGAUCUCGUAGAAAAAUCAAUACACAUAAUCUCCUCAAUACCAGCUGUGUCCUACGUACAUCGUGCAUGAAUCAACAGUCACUAAUAAAAACAUUCUCACAAUACAUUUUCACAUAUUGCAGUUAAGAAAUGUUCCAAUAUAAUUUGAGCUUGCCCAUUGAUACCGAGUACUGAUCCGACGCCAGUGCGUUAUAAUAAACAAUAAAGCUAAACGGGUCACAAUUCCUUCUGUAAUUUCUAUUUUAUAUUGCUAUGAAAACAUCUUUAAACGAAUGUAUUUAACCGUUUAUCGCCAAAAAAAACGAGAUUUAACAAGAUCACAUUUGUACACAACGUUAUAAUGAACCGCCCAAUACUCAUUUUUACUGAAUGGAGCUUGAACGCCUCAUAAUGUAACUCAAUGCAACCUCCGUACAUUAGCUGUUAACUCCGUUGUUUAGCCCCUGACAGCUAGCAUUGACUAGCUCUGUGUUUAACCACAGGUGGGUAGCACUAGUUUGCACAUGUGCAGUAGCGACCGGCUAGCGAGCGACAUGUUGUUCCUUUUGUAGCGUAAGUUACUUUAUAAAUGAUAUAAUGUGAUAUCGGUGCAUAGACUCUCAUACUCACUCCAUUAGCUACGGCUGUAUUGGAACAAGUGGAUGAAGUCCUACUUACAAUGCAUCUUUUGAAGGUUGAGGUGUGCGCCAUGGGGCUGCAUUGCACCUUCUAAGCUACUGACUUGUGUGUAGGUCUGUGUGUGUAUUUGUUGGGUUGUUGCCAAUGAAUAGAUGGACGUUUUGCACCUCAACAUGCACUCUAAACACCUUCUGUCACUUCACGGUCACACCUGACUUGCAUAUUCUGUAAGCUGUAAUUAUUAUCUUUGAGCACAACAUCCCUCACGCCUGAAGAAUUUACCCAUAAUGCUUUUAGACCAACUGAGAAAUGUCAUAUAUUGGUGGUUACCACCUGAAUCUGUGCCAGGUGGAGGCGUUAUGUCACAGCUUCAUAAUUUAAUUGAUUUAAAAGACGUAAGACAUCAAAUCUCGUUAGUCAGACAACAGGAAUCCUCAGAAGAUUGACAGCUAGUCGGAUUCUCAAGAUGUGAUGAAUAAAAUAUCCAAGUUCUCACGGGUUAAAUGUGUCUCCUCCACAGAGAUGGUGGUGUCUAUGAAGAACGUGGCCGGCAUGGACGUGGAGCUCACAGUGGAGGAGAGGAACCUCCUAUCGGUGGCCUACAAGAACGUGAUCGGAGCUCGGAGAGCCUCCUGGAGGAUAAUCAGUAGCAUCGAGCAGAGGGAGGAGAGCAAGGGCGUGGAGGAGAAACUGAAGAUGAUCCGGGAAUACCGGCAAACGGUGGAGAAGGAGCUGAAGACGAUCUGUGGUGAUAUUCUGGAUGCACUGGACAGACACCUACUGCCCUCUGCUGUCAUGGGAGAGUCUAAGGUCUUCUACAACAAAAUGAAGGGAGACUACCACAGGUACCUGGCAGAGUUUGCCACCGGCAACCACAGAAAGGAGGCAGCGGAGAACAGCCUGGUGGCCUACAAGACGGCCACCGACCUCGCCAUGCUGGAGCUCCCGCCCACGCACCCCAUCCGCCUCGGCCUCGCCCUCAACUUCUCCGUCUUCUACUACGAGAUCUUAAACUCCCCCGACCGCGCCUGCAGGUUGGCAAAGGCUGCGUUUGACGACGCCAUCGCAGAACUGGACACACUGAAUGAAGACAGCUACAAGGACUCCACACUCAUCAUGCAGUUGUUACGUGAUAACCUGACACUAUGGACUUCAGACAUGCAGGGAGAAGGUGAAGAACAAAACAAAGAGACGCUGCAGGACGUUGAGGACGAGGCCCAGUGAGACGACGACGACGCCACCAACAACAGCCAACAACUUGAGACCCCCCUCCACCCUUCCUCGCCUCCUCACACUCCUCCUCCCCUCCACCCUUCCUCACCAUCCUCCUCUUCGUCCGCUCCCUCCUUUCCUUUUCCUUUCUUCCACCGCUGCAGCUCCGUGAAACCCAGCAGGGCCACAAGGAGCCAACACGUUUUGUUUUUCCUCUUCUUUUUUAUUUUUAUAUAUUAGCCCUUACAUCAUUCAAGUAAAUAGCACUUAAUUGAGACAGGAAAUACAAUGUCAGACAGUCAAAGAUAAACAAGAGAGAGUCCCGGGUUGUUUUCGUGUUGUUUUGUUGUCCUGGUACAAGCGGUUCUGAAAUCUUUUGUUUUCAUUAUUGUGUUUUUUUGUUGCUUUUUCUCCAUAUGUUUAUCAGUUGCUGGAUGUAUUGAGAAUCUUUUCUUAAUGUAAUUACAGAAAUUAACUUUUAUUACUGAUAAUGUUGACUAUUAGUUAUGGGAGCUGUUUUAUCUGUUCUAGUGAAAUGUCAUGCGAAUCAUUUUAUUGUUUUCUUUUUGGUUUUUUUGUGUUUUGGGGGGGGCCCAUUUGGAAAACUACAAGUGCCCUUUUUUGUUAACUUAGGUUUUUCAGAGGAAGUUGGCAAAGUUCUCGAUAUCCAGGUGGAGCAAAGAAGUGCUUAACCUUUACACCAUAGUGGUUCUGUUGUCAUGUUUCUGUAGUUGUCCUUGGACUGUACGUUGUGCUGAAAUACUGUAACUGUAAACACAUGCUGAAUCUAUGAAGGUUGACUUAUCCAUAAAUUGGUGGUUUUAAUUAAAUGAAUAAAAAGACGAGUCUGUUUUGGCCCCGCCUCCUCGAACGGAGAACCCUAAAAUUGACAGGAGUGUCAGUGCUUGCAUGAGUUAACACAUUUUCCUUCUUUAUUUCUGCUGCUUCUCCCCUACUUUUCUAAAGCUCCUCCGAGUUCAAAGGGUUUCUUUCUUUCUCGUCUUUUGUUUCUUUUUGCUUCAUUAUGUGUAACUUGGAGCUGAUUUGUACUACUGGAUAUCUGACUGGAGCCACAGACAGGGAAUCUGUAUUGUUCUUACUGAAACACAGCAUGGAAUUAACAUUAAACAAUCUAAAUUAAACGUUACAAACUGA